AUGUCGAAGCUCAACAUUGGCUCUGGAGGCAGACGAAGCUCCAAGUCUCUCUUUACCAGUAUCAGCGGCAUAUUUUCCCUGAACAAACAUAAAAAACCCUGCUUUCCGUCUUCCUCGAAACGUGUGCUGCUGGUAACAUCACCAGGGUGCGAGUUAGAGAGUGUCUUCCGCUACUUCGACGAAGAUGGCGACGGUAAGAUCUCUGCUGCUGAACUGUGCAGCUGCUUGCACAGUGUCGGGGAGGAGCUGUCGCCAGCGGAGGCCGAGGCGAUCAUGCAGUUGUCCGACUCUGACGGUGACGGAGUGCUGGGAUACGAUGACUUUGUUAAGCUGGUGGAUAUGGAGGAAGAGGAGGAAAGGGAGUCGACUAUAAAGGAAGCUUUUUCAGCAUACGAGAUGGAUGGAAGUGGCUGCAUCACGGCAAGAAGCCUCCGGCGGGGGCUGCGGCGGCUGGGAGAGGAGAAGAGCGUGGAUGAAUGCAGCGUUAUGAUAAAGAGAUUUGAUCUCAAUGGGGAUGGGGUUAUUUGCCUCGACGAGUUUAAGCUCAUGAUGUUAUGAAUAGUUAACAUUUCAAAGAGCUUAUUUUAAUUAUACUGAAAAUUGAUUUAAUAGAAGGAAAUGGAACCAAGAUUUGAAAGGAAUAUAGUGUUCACUGAAAAUAAGAGGAGUGAGCUUAAGAUGCUUUUUGUUAUUGUAAGCUAAAAGACAAAUGGCUGCCGGAUGUACCAAUUAUAUGUAGCAA